UAACAAGCGGCAUUGGACGCGAGCGGACGAUUGGACAUCAUGUCGGCAAGUCUAGAGAAAUGUGAAAUAUCAUUGCCCAUUGGCCAAGUCCGAGGCGUUAAGCGUCGCAGCUUUUACGAUGACGACUACUACAGCUUCGAGCGCUUGCCCUUUGGCAAGCCGCCAGUGGGCGAGCUGCGCUUUAAGGCUCCUGUGCCCGCCGAGCCCUGGUCCGGCGUGCUGGACUGCACCCACUUUGCCGAUAAGCCCGUGCAGAAGGGGUUGCUGACGGGCAUCAUCGAGGGCAGCGAGGACUGUCUCUAUCUGAAUGUGUACGCCAAACAGCUGAAGAGCGCUAAACCGUUGCCUGUUAUGGUCUAUAUUUACGGAGGGGCCUUCUCCAUAGGCGAGGCCACACGGAACUUCUACUCGCCCGAUUACUUUAUGGCCAAAGAUGUUGUUCUAGUCACGCUCAACUAUCGCGUUGAUUGUCUAGGUUUCCUUAGUCUGAAAGACCCCAGCUUGGAGGUGCCCGGCAAUGCUGGACUCAAGGAUCAGGUUCUGGCCAUCAAAUGGGUCAAUCAAUACAUUUCCUACUUCAAUGGUGAUGUGAACAACAUAACGGUCUUUGGAGAAAGCGCCGGCGGCUGCUCCACGCACUACAUGAUGUGCACUGAACAGACGCGUGGGCUCUUCCACAAGGCCAUUCCCAUGUCGGGCACCUUGCACAACUACUGGUCCAAUACGCCGCCUGCGGACUUCGCUUAUCGUCUGGCCAAGCUGUAUGGCUAUACAGGCGGCAACAACGAUCGCCAGGUGCUGCAGCAUUUGCGUAGGGUGCCGGCGGAGAAGCUGGUUGACCACAGCGUGCUCACCCUGGAGGAUCGGCGCAAUGGAUUUAUCUAUGCCUUUGGGCCCACCGUGGAGCCGUACGUGAUGGCGGACUGUGUGGCACCCAAGCCACAGCUGGAGAUGGCGAGGGAGGCGUGGAGCAAUAAGCUGCCUGUCAUGCUGGGCGGCGUCUCUUUCGAAGGUCUCUUCAUGUAUCCGACCUUGCUGGUCAAUCGCAAGGCCAUGGAUAGCUUGCCACAAGAUCCGUUGCGAUUGACGCCCCAUGAGGUGCGUGCGGUCAAUACGGAGCAACAGAAUCUGCAGUUUAGCAAGAAGUUGAAGCAAUUGUACUUUGGCGACGCGACGCCCAGCUCCGCGCUCAUCAUGAAUUUCUUGGACUACUAUUCCUAUAGGAUCUUCUGGCACGGCUUCCAUCGCACUUUGCAAGCUCGCCUGGCGUACGCCACGGCUCCCACCUAUUUCUAUCGCUUUGAUUUUGAUUCGCCUGACUUCAAUUUCUACCGUAAGAAGUUCUGUGGCGAUGACAUCAAGCAGGGUGUUGCCCAUGCCGAUGAGCUGAGCUAUUUGUUCCGCAACGCAGAGUCGUGGAAGCUGGACAAGGCCUCCGCUGAAUAUCGCACCAUCCAACGGAUGAUCGACAUUUGGACAUCCUUUGCAGCUACUUCCAAUCCCAACUGCGCGGCGACUGCGCAUCUCGAUUGGCAGCCCGCUAAGGAGGAGCAACCGCAGCGCGUGCUCAACAUUGGCAACGAGGUGGAGCUCAUCGAUCUGCCCGAGUACGACAAGCUGCUCGUCUGGGAUAGUCUCUAUAAAAAAGAACAACUAUAUUAGGUUUAUCCACAGGGAUGAAGGAACUAAAUACUAUCUU